GCAGCACCCACAUCGAGGCCAAUCCGCACGCCCGACGCCCCAACAGGCCGAUAGCCCGCCGUUUCUCAGCCCCCUCCCCCCGACUCUUCAGUUCUCCCGCCAUGUCGCUCUCCUGCAGGUACGCAGCCCAGUGCUGCGCUCGCCAACUCCGCGCGAGCAGCGCCGCUCCGAUCCGCGCAUCGAGCUCCCUCCUCCAGCAGCAGCAGCGCGUGACGCGGAGGUACAACUCGACCGAGGCCGCCCCCGCCGCCAACCCCAAGAUCUCGGCCAUUGUCGACCAAAUUAGCCAAUUGACUCUGCUAGAGACAGCAGACCUUGUCUCGAGCCUGAAGACCCGCCUCAACAUCCCCGACCUCCCCGUGGGCGGCUUCGCCGCUGCCCCGGCCGGCCCCGCGGCCGCACCAGUGGAGGAGGAAGAUGCCGCCCCCGCGGCGGCCGAGAAGACGCUCUUCACCGUGAAGCUGCAGUCGUUCGAGGCCGGGUCCAAGCCCAAGGUCAUCAAGGAGGUCAAGAACUUGCUGGGUCUCAGCUUAGUAGACUCCAAGAAGUUCGUCGAGAGCGCGCCCAAGACGAUGAAGGAGUCCGUACCGAAGGACGAGGCCGAGAAGAUCCUGGCGACGAUGAAGGAGCUGGGCGCCGUGGUUGUCAUCGAGUAGAAGAAGGACGGGCGUAUCAAAGACAGGAGAGGUGUGGUGCCUGCCAGGAGAUGGGCUGCCGCUGCCUACCUAGCUAAUGGUCAAAAGGCGGAAAGAAGGGCGCCAGGACCAAGGCGGGCCGAACCGGCAUGUUACGAUUACAACUAGCCUGUGGCUUUUCCGCUGCAUGUACAAAAAAGCAUGUAACAUUAUAACUCGAGAUAUACCAGUCAGUCUCAAACUGUCUUGGAUAG